ACGUUAUCGCCUGAGAAAUCUGCAAGACCGAAAGCGAGCAUCAAUGGGCCUUGACUACAGGGAACACAGCCUUUCGUCAUGUAUAGCUGUGAAAGCGGGAGCCUGCAUUUGUGUAUAGGGACUGUUUUCUUUUAGAUUUGGUGUUUGUAGUUAACGUUAAGCGCGUAGAAGGCGGAUUUAUUGACAGGUUGGUGACGGAAGGAGACAAAGCUCUCGGAUAUUCCUGUUGUUCUUGUGGAUGCAACUUUGUUACAGGUUCCAUGCAGGAGUUGCCAUCCACCAUGCUAAGAUAAAGGCGCAGGAUCGUGUUCUGAAGAUGCUAAAGCGACUGGACAAGAUAAGGUUCAGAGGACCGAAGCGUGAUGAGUUCCUGGACAUUGCAGAGUCACCAAACGCCUCGGACAGUGAAUGCAAUGAUGAUCUCUUGAUAAAACCUCCAGCGUCCAUUAAAGACGGAGAGGAAGUACGGGACCCUGCUGGUCCAGGGUCCAUCGUCAUGGCUGCUGCUCUCCAGGACUACCAGAGGACAGAGGCAGACAGACUCAAUGAGGUCAAGGGUCACCUUGAAAUUGCCUUACUGGAGAAACAUUUCCUUCAGGAAGAAUUGAGGAAACUCAGAGAGGAGAUGAACGUUGAGACACUGAAGCAGGAACUUGAAAAAGAGAAAUUGAAAAGACUUGACAUUGAACAGAAAAUGAAUGAAAUCCUAAAAACCAGACCAGAGGAUUCCCCACCUCCUCCUGCCAAAGCUCAUGGUCCUGCUGUCAAUGGAACAGGAGAAAAGCAGAAGGAGUCUGUGAGCUCGAAGCUAUGGAAAUGGUUGUAUGAACGCUUCGGUGUGUAUAUAGAGGACUUCCGCUUUCAGCCUGAGGAGAACAUGGUGGAGACGGAGGAGCCACUCAGCGCUAAAAGAUUAACUGAAAAUAUGAGGCGUCUGAAACGAGGAGCUAAACCGGUCACUAACUUCAUGAGAAACCUUUCUGCCUUAUCCAGCUGGCACUCUGUCUACACAUCAGGCAUCGCCUUCAUUAUCUAUAUGUAUGCUGUGUGGCGUGGCUGGGCAAUUCCUAUGUUUCUCUUCCUAGCUAUUCUCCGUCUGUCUUUAAAUUACCUCAUAGCAAAAGGCUGGAGGAUACAGUGGAGUAUUGUACCUGGGGUGUCUGAGCCAGUGGAACCUCCGAAAGAAGAUUUAACUGUCUCUGAGAAGUUCCAGUUAGUGCUGGAUGUGGCACAAAAAGCGCAGAACCUCUUUGGAAAGAUGUCAGAUGUUCUGGAGAAAAUCAAAAACCUGUUCAUGUGGGUGCAGCCUGAAAUCACUCAGAAGUUGUAUGUUGGUCUAUGGCUAGCGUUCAUUGCUUCCUGCCUGCUGCCUUAUAAACUCUUAGGCUUCCUAAUUGGGCUCUAUGCUGGAAUCAAGUUCUUUAUUAUUGACUUUAUCUUCAAGAGCUGCCCCAAACUUAGGGAUAAAUAUGACACGCCACACAUUGUAUGGAAAAACCUGCCAACUGACCCACAGCUCAAAGAACGCCAGAGCGGCAACAUCAGCAGACGGCUGUCUGCCUAUGAAAAGCAGAUCCAGCCUGUGGUCGCACGUGGCAGCCUAGUGACCGCAGUGCCAUGCGGUGUUGGCCGUGAUGAGGAGCCUGGGCGUGCCUACAGCACCAAGCGAGGUCCUUUCCAUGAAGUCUUCAACUUGCCUGAGAAUGAGCGCCCCCUACCAGUGUGUGAGCACGGGUGGCGCUGCUGCUUAAUCAACAGAGACAGGAAAAUGCCCACUGACUACAUACGGAAUGGCUACCUCUACGUGACAGAAAACCACUUAUGCUUUGAGAGCUCCAGCUCCCGUUCUGCAUCAUCAAAGAAGAAUAAAGUCAUCAGACUUCAAGACAUUACAGACAUUCAGAAGUAUAAGGUUUUGUCAGUAUUGCCUGGAUCUGGGAUGGGAAUCUCAAUAGCCACACCUUCUACACAAAAGCCUCUUGUGUUUGGUGCCAUGAUUCACAGAGACGAAGCCUUUGAGGCCAUCAUCAGCCAGUACACAAAGAUCAUCGGUGCCACUCCCCCUGUCACAGUGACAAACCUGGAAACGUAGAACAUGUGGUGAAGAGUUUUACAGUUUAACAGUGCAGCUUCCACUUCUUCUCUUCCUCAAGGAGGUACAGGGAUACAGAGAAAGAUUUCUAAUUAAAAAAAAAGGAAUCCAUGUCCCUUUGGGUGCCUGUGCUGCGUUUUUAGAAGUGUUUAAAACAUGGCUCCUUUGUGAUGAGAUAUUUGCACCAGUGUGUUUUUUUUUGUGUAUAUCCUUUGGGAAUUCACUGAGUACCACGGAACUGCUAUUACAGAGCUGGAGCUGGUUCUCCUGACAGUUUCAUGUAUGGUUCUAGUCUUGUGUGUCAUUUUAUGUGUCAUAUAUAUAUAGUGCGUGUGUGUGCGCGAGCGUAUGUGUGUGUCUUGUCAUCUAACUUUUAAUCCUGGAGCGAGUUCUCCUUACUGUUUAUGAGACUAUUCUCAUCUGUGUUUCUCUGUGUUCUGUCAAACAACUUUUAACCCCCCUCUUUUAUUUCUAGCUUUUUUUAAUUGUAUUGCCUCCAGCCUUGCACAUGGGGACACACUGCAGUUUGUGGUGCUGAGAUAUAGGGAAUGCCACGGGCUGAAGUGGAGCCGCUGCUGAUCCUUCAGAAGUGCUCAGAAACAUAUACCAUGGCCUUUUGUUUUAAACCUUGAUGCUGCAAGCUUGGGUUUUACUUUAUGCUGGAAACUAAAGAGUUAAACAGAAAACCCAGCUGUUGAGAAUUUCUAUCUACACCACUCCCAAACUCUUCAAAUAAGUGUGAAUACAUUGUACAGAAUUCUGUUUAUCAGUAAAUGUGAGGAAAUAAUCAUUACACAGUGGGACAGUAAGCAUCCAGCAUGGAUACUUAUAUUGGCUGCCCUGUAACUACAAGCCACUCAAUCAUUUAAAUUAAAUUAAGUACAGUUGUACAUCAUAUAUAGAGCAAGGAAUCUGGAUUUCAAUGCAUCACUAUAGAAUGUAUUCUUCAGUCAUAUGCCACAGAGAAAAAAGUUGCACCAGGUGGGAUUUUGGCAUUGUGUGGAUUCAAUACAAGCCCCAUGAAAUAGACAAGUAAAAAAUUAGGUUUAAAAUCCCACUAUAAUCUGAUUUCUUUUCACUGUGUGGUGUAUAGAGCUGUAUGGGGAUGAAAAUUCCACACUAUAACGCUGCAUGUUAACCUUCUCUUCUCCCUGUAAUGUCUCAUCACAUAAAGAUGUCCUGAAAAAGCCUUCAGUCUUAUAAAUGUACCAGUAUAUAAGGAGUUCACCUAGCUUACUGUUGUGAAAAUGUGUGUGCCACAUACUGUAAAGUGUUCUCUCUUCCUGUAGUUGCUGUGGGAAUACUUUACAAUUUGUCCCAGUGUAAGGUCGCUGUCUCCAUUCCCAUGCAGCUCUCUAGUGUGUAACUGCUGCACCUUAACGGUCCUGCUCAUCUUCAGAUAGGGUUAGGAAUGAUAGGGUUAAGCAUUUUGGUUAAUCAGUGUUUGCUCUGAAUGACAUAUUUUUAUUUAUUCCAAUAAGUUCACACAAUAAGCACAACCACACCAUUAACUGAGAGUGUAAGAGGUGUGAAGGGAUGUUCUUCUCUAGCAUUUUCCUGUGUGCUGUGUAUAGAAUUGUUACCAAACUUGAACCAUUACAUGUUCCAUAUUGCAGCUAUGCUUCCAUUAGCUGUCCUAAACCCUUUGCACAAACAAACAAAACUUUUGACUAUAUGUAUAGGCCAUAUAAAGGAACACUUCAGAAAUAAUCCACUUAAUAUCUAUUCAUUGUGUCUGUAUCGUGUUUGAGGAUUUUUACUUUAAGAUUUUUUUUUAAAUCCUGUGGUGUUUUUUGUUUCGUUUUGUUUUGGUUUUAAACAGUUUAUAAUGGUUGUCUAAGGGCAGUCCAUAAAUUUUGUCAGUAAAUUUUUGCAUGACUGUGUGAGCACAAAACAUUCUUUAAGAUUACAGCAGCAGUUUGUAGGUACAAAUCUACAGUAUCCCGGUGAAUCAAGAUUGAAUCUUCAGUAAAAUCUGCAAAUUAAUAAGGAUUUUAGAAAGAGACAAUUAAAAACUGUCAACUUUGAGUUUUAACUUUUGAAUUGUGUAGCAAUACACUAAAGUCGAUUUAUUGACACUCUCAGGUGACCCUCCAUGUUUUUACUAUAAGUUAGUUUUUAUAGUAGUAACACAUUAGUUCCAUGCCAAGUGUGAAUAAUACAUGUAAAGCCUUAGUUUACAAAAAUCUUUGCCUAUAGAAUUAGUCAUUGUGCUACAUUUUCUGCCCUUAGACUUCUAUUAGAUGAGAUUCUUCAAGUGAACAGUUGUUUUCCAUUCUUCACACAGUACAGAGAAGUGUGUAGAAAUUCAUGUCUGUAGCAGUUGCCAAAUGCUGCUAUAGUCACACUAAAAAAGAUGAUUUUUAAAUUUUUUUACGUAAUUGAUUGAGCUUAUAUUCAUAAUUAGUGCAUCACGAUGUAUUUCACUGUAGCUUCGUUACAAUGUAGUACGUACUUGUUAUUGCUUGUAAUUACUACUUGUUAAACCAUUACGAAUCCAAACAUGCCUUUUUUUCCUUGUAUCCAGAAACAAUUUAAUUAUGUCAGUCUAUUGUGAGAGGGGAAAAGAACUCCUCAUGAUGAUAUCACCUACUAAGCCUAUGUACUCAACUAGCCACAUGACUCUGUGCUAACCAGCACUUUAUACAAGUAGCAUUUGUGUACAUGUGUCUGUGUUGUUUCUGUUCCUACUGCUAUGGCACAUUAUUCUUGUUAAUUAGCUAUGUGUUUCACUUUGUGCUUCUCCUUAUUUUCCUCACCGUCUUGUUAAAUGGAGUCACCACUGAUUUAACUCUAAAUGGUUUAGUGCUGUAACUAAAAGUUUUGGGUUCUUACAGAGUGUAAAAUGCAAUCAGCUAGUACAACAUUGAAUCGUUUACAGUUUUCAUUUGAGGCUUGAAGCUCUGAAUAAUUAACGUAGCUCAUAAUUCAUCAUAGACAUCCUAAGACCUCAGCGAAGAUAUAGAUGGCACAUUAGAGACGAAGCACAGAAUUUCCUGGAAACAAUUUGCCAAAUAUUAUGUCUGUGUUACUGUUUGAUGUUUGCUAUGCCCUUUACCUGCUCUGUCUAAAGAGUAAAUAGUUUUCUUGGCCUUGUUUGAUCCCUAGAGAGAUAUAGGGGCAUGAGAAUGGGCCCCACAGUUUUUAUGGUAAGUGUCUAUGGUACUUUAAGGUACUAAGGGUUUAAAUUGAUUAUGAAAAAUUAGCUGAUGUGUUGAAAUAUUCUGUUUUUGAUUGGUAGGAUUUCUUCUAUCUUGUUUUUCAUUGUGCAGCAUACUCAAGAUGUACAUGCAGGAAAACAGAUAUAAGGGACCUUUUUUCACCCUUUUUUGUUGUUGGACAUUUUAAAACAUUUUGUCUGAUUUGGUUAUCUGUGUUUAUACAGUAUGGUUAGCCAAAGACUAACAGUGUUUUUGUUUUGUUGUUGUUUUUUUUGUUUGUUUGUUUUUUUAAAAUGAAUUUUUAGAGGAUCCAGUUAAGAAAACCAUGUAUAGAACACAGUAAAUCAUUAACCUCAGAUCAAUUCAUUGAUGCUGUUUUAAAAUUCUGUGCGCAUGCUGUUAAUCGUACAUGAUGAUUAUUUUCUCUGGUUUGGUUACUCAGUCAGUAAGCUGUAGAGCUGCCCCAUGGAGGUUUCACAAAGACAACAACAGAAAAUCAUGUUAAACAAGCCUCUGAACUGUUUUUAAAGAAGUUGUCUAAUAUAAAUGUGUUGUACAUUUUUUCUAUUUAAGUAAAAUAAUUUAACAUA